AUGCCUGCGAGCGACUAUGACGUCCGCGCUCUUGCGCUCCCAUUAGACGACGAGGAAACAGGCCAGACGCCGAUAUGGAGUCGACGUUCGCAAUCAUCUACCUUCCGGCGCAAUCCCUCGCACCAGAGCCAACAGAGCACAUGGCGGCAGCGCGCCAUGGACAAGUACGAUACACUCUCGCGACGAAUCCUGGAUCAAUACAAUAAACUUUCUCCCUUGCAGAAAAUACUCUUCUUCGUUGGGAAUUUGGUGUUGGCAGUAGGCGGCAUACUGUUCUUGGUUUACAAUGAGCGCAUAUUCGGGGCCUUGCUACCCGUAGCGAAGAAGUGGAGAGACGUCACAGCCGGAUGGCUGAUACUCUGGGUUUUGAUCUUUGUUGUAUCAUUCCCGCCCUUGAUUGGCUAUUCGAGUUUACUCACCAUCGCCGGUUUCGUUUAUGGCUUUCCGAAUGGUUGGUUCAUAGCCGCAACAGCGACAGUCGCCGGCAGCACAGCGUCCUUCCUCCUUUCGCGUACCCUCCUCAAGAACAUGGUACACCGUCUGAUAGCGAAUGACACGCGCUUCGCCGCCCUCUCCCUAACCCUCAAGCACGAUGGUCUAAAACUCCUCAUCAUGUACCGACUGUGUCCACUACCAUACUCAAUUUCCAAUGGCGCUGUCGCAACCUUCCCAACAGUACACUGGGCGUCAUACGCUCUAGCUACUGCUAUCGUAUCGCCAAAGCUUAUGCUGCAUAUUUUCAUCGGCAGCCAGCUCGAGAAGAUUGCUGAGAGUGGAGGUAAAAUGGAUCCUAGUACAAAAGCUCUGUCUUACGUUUCCAUAUUCAUUGGCCUCAUUGCGGGUGUCACCACAGGCUGGCUCGUAUACCGCAAGACCAAGGCCCGGGCUGCACAGCUUGAAGCCGAAGAGCGUGCGGGUAUUCGUCGUAUGAGUAUCGAAGAUUUGGAGAACGAAUACGCGGAUGACCCGGGAGCGCUGGAAGCUGCCGAACGGUUACGUGAAGAAGACGAUGAUAUCAGUCUCCGGACAACCUGGGACGAUGAGUACAGGGAUGAGCCUCCGGAGACGGGUGAUACCGUGGACAUCGGCGAUGACCCGUUCAAGGAUGGCGAUGCCAGUGACAGCGAGGAGCGAGGACGCGGAAGGCAGAAAUAG